AUGGUGGUCAAUAAUCCUAAUAAUUGGCAUUGGGUUGAUAAGAAUUGUUUAGCAUGGUCAAAAGAAUACUUUGAUGAGAAGUUAUUGAAUUUAUCAGUAGAAGAUGAGACUAGUAGUGCAAGUAUUUCCAAUGUUUCAUCUGUAGAAGGAGAUGUCGACGUCUCGCAGCGUAAAGGGAAAGUUAUUUCGUUAUUCGAUUUACGGCUCGUUUUGACAUUCAGUGGCCAUACCGAUAAAGACGAUAAGGUAUCGGGAUCAAUUACAAUUCCCGAGUUGGCAUACGAUAGUGAUGAAAAAAAUUUAGUGUUCAACAUUACAGUGUACAAUGAGUCUAGAGAUAAUGCUUCUAUUGUCGAUUUGAUCAAAAAGAAGUUAGUCCCCAAGUUGAGAGAGAUAUUGAUGAACUUUGGCCCCGACUUGAUUGCAACAAAUAGUAAAGAUAUUCAACUUGAGGCAGAUAAAAUCACUUCAACAUUUACAAAAGCAAACCAGGAAAAGUCUGUUGGCAUAGAGAAGCCUGAAACCAAGUCUGUUGGUGGUGCAGAAAAGCCCGAAACCAAGUCUGUUGGUGGUGUAGAAAAGCCCGAGUCCAAAUCUGCUUCCAAGCCUGUCGUGUCAUCGAAUUCUCCAAAAUACAACACGACAACUUUACACCUUGAACCAGCUUUCAACACCACAGCUGAACAAAUAUACAUUACUUUAUUAGAUGAGUCGAGGAUUGCCGCUUGGACUAGAUCAAACCCCAUUAUUGAAAAAUUUCCUCCUAAAGUUGGAUCGACUUUUAAAUUCUUUAAUGGUGCCGUGCAAGGUAAAAUUUUAAAACUAGUGCCAAAUGAGGAGAUUGUAGAAUUGUGGAGAUUAGAUGAUUGGAAAGAGGGCCACUAUGCCGAGUUGAACAUUAAGUUGAAACAAAGCAGCGGUGAAACUAAAAUGGUUGUAAAGUUCACAGGCGUUCCAAUUGGUGAAGAAGACAGGGUCAAGGAUAAUUUUGAAGAUAUGUAUAUUAGAUCGAUAAAGAUAACGUUUGGAUUUGGUGCUGUUUUAUAG